UGAAAUGCCUUUAAAAAUUCUUUAGUAAAAUGUCCUCCUUAUCUCAUUUAUAUAUUUAUUCAAACAAAGAAGCAGUUGUCUAUUUCUAACAAAUUCCUGACAAUGAACCUUAUACAUGAUUAUGUUGUCCAGUUAGAGAACAUUCUUUCCCUGCUUGUCUUAUCCUUCCCGGUUUUAUCUUAGUAUUUGUGCCUUAGCUAACUUAGUGAUUUAUACAUGCUAGACAAUUACCAUGCCAUCGGAGUCUGCUUCCUAUGACUUGAAAAGGACAUUGAGCAUGGGAACAUAUGCGUUAUUCAUCAUGGGGCCAUCACAACAUAUGUGGUUUAAAUUCUUGUCCAAGGUUUUCCCAAAGACAGAUGUGCCAUCAACCUUGAAGAAAAUUUUCAUGGGGCAGGCUGUACUUGGUCCUAUCAUCAGAUUUGGGUCAUAUAACGGGCCAAUUUCAGGUGAAAGUGUUUCUGAAAUAGUUGCUAAGUUGAAGCGUGAUCUGCUUCCCACACUUCUGGGCAGUGCUGUGUUUUGGCCUGUCUGUGAUUUUGUGACAUUCAAAUUCGUUCAAGUUCAGUUACAGCCAUUGAUGAACAGUUCCUGCGCCUAUGUGUGGACUAUUUAUUUAACAUACAUGGCAAACUGA